AUGCAAUACCGCAUCGCUUUGAUAGGCCUCUUGGCCACCGCGCUUUUCCAUUUGGUAGAAAACGUGGAAGGGACAAAUUUGAUUGUGAAAGUGGUUACGCCCGAGGAGAUGAAUAAAAUACUCGAGGAAUAUCCGGAUGCUGUAGAGAUGACGGCGACAAAGACAGCAAUUGAAGGUCGUUCGAUGCAUCGGCAGGCCAGGAGUGUGACCACCUAUACUUUGGGUACCGGAAGGGUUUCUGGUGACAGUUUAGUGUCGAGUGAAUCGAGCACAAACGACUUUGAUGUUGCAACUACAGUGUCAGCAAAUAUAAGAUAUCCCAGCACUGGCACUGGCGCGGUCGUAACCUAUGUGAAAAUCAAUGUAUAUCAGAGCAAUAGCGAUGGACGCGCUUAUGUGACUAGUGGUGGAAUUGGUUCGACGCACGUUGCUAUUACUAUAGAGGCAGUGAAGACAUACUACUUUGAUUUGUAUACUUUUGUUUAUGGAAAAUAA